GCGUCCUUCGGUGGCUCUCGCAGCCAUUUUACAAGAGAACGAGCAGCCUCUGCUGCGGGACGGAGUCACAAGUCAGUUUUUUCUCUGAGUAGACGAGCUUAGUAAUUCAGGUGCAAAAGAGAAAACAUGAAUGCAUUCAAAGCCUUCAAAGCCCAAGUUCCAAUUGCAUGGAGUCCGCACCUGUAUAUAACUUUGGUGAGGGGCAUUCCAGGAACUAGGAGACUUCACAGGCGUACCUUAGAGGCAUUGCGUCUUCGUAAGUGCAAUCGGACCGUCAUGCGAUGGAAUACUCCUACAGUCAGGGGAAUGCUCCAGCAGGUGAAGAGGUUAGUUGUGAUUGAGACAGAAGAGAUGUACAAGGCCCGCAAACAAAAUGAUGUAAACCACCGAGCUGUACGCCCUCCAUUGGUCAUAAACCACUUACCUGCCUCUGCAAGCAGUUCUUAGAGUGAGCUUUUGCUCUAUGUAAUUCUUCGGAGGUCAGCUUUCUGUUUCUUAAAUGGGCAUCUGUUUGUCAAGAUAACUGUUUUUUCUUUUAGUGCCGUAUUUAUAGAAGGAUGGUUGAUCCAGUUAACUGGAAUUGCACUUUUCCCUAGUCGACAUGCUGGAGUCAGUGGAUUAUAUAUCUCUUUUCUCGGGUAUUGACAUAAAUAUCAGAAUUCUAAAUUAGCAA